CUCGCUACCGCUAUCAAACGCUUCUCGCUACCGUCACUCUCUAGACCAAUCGCUACGCCGGUAACUUCACGCGCUAUGCAUAUCCAAUCAAUUCCCAUGUGGGUGGGCAGUGGUAACAACUAUGCCUAUCUCGUAUCAGACGACAAGACAAAGGAAGCUGUGAUUAUCGAUCCAGCCAACCCACCCGAAGUGCUCCCAGUCCUCGAGGCAAAGGCAAGAGGAGACGGAAACCUCAAACUGACCAAGAUCAUCAACACACACCACCACCACGACCAUGCCGGAGGGAACAGCAAAAUAUUGAAAUCCUUCAACGUGCCCAUAAUCGGCGGCCGCGACUGCGACCACGUCACUGAAACGCCAAGUCACAACUCGACCUUCAACAUCGGCUCGAUAAAAGUAACCGCGCUGCACACGCCCUGCCACACCCAGGACCACAUCUGCUUCUUCGCCGAGGACGGCAACGACCGCGCCGUCUUCACCGGCGAUACGCUGUUCAUCGGUGGCUGUGGCCGUUUCUUCGAAGGCACGCCCAAGGAGAUGCACAAAGCACUCAAUGAGACACUCGCGGCGCUGCCAGACGAUACGAAAGUCUACCCCGGGCAUGAGUAUACGAAGGGUAAUGUCAAGUUCGCGAAGACGAUUGUGAAUGAUGCUGCGGUUAAGAGUCUCGAUGAGUAUAGCCAGGCGAAUCAGGAGACGCAGGGCAAGUUUACUAUUGGAGAUGAGAAGAAACACAACGUCUUCAUGCGUGUCAACGAUCCCGAGAUUCAGAAGAUUGUGGGCCAGACGGAGCCGAUUGAAGUCAUGCGCGUCUUGCGGGAGAGAAAGGACAAGUCCUAGAAAGGCAAGGU